UAUAUACACAGUAAUACAUGGUCGACGUCGAAUGUAAUACAAAAACAGCCUUUCGUUAAUAUUAUUAUUUGUUCAUUGAUUAACAAUUCAUGUAGUUAUAGUCGGCGACUAUUAAUUUUUCUUUCUUCUUCCUCUAUUUUCUUUUCUGUAAUCAAACAACGGUGUGCACGCGCAUAUGUGUGCGUGUGUGUCGUAACUGACACAUAGAGUAUUCUCUCUUUCGAGUUUAGCUCACCUCGGGUUUAUACGCAUAUAUAAAUAUCUUAUAAUUGAAAGAAAAAAAAAACCACAAGUGUGCGCGAAUGUGCCAUAGCAGUGCGUGUGUGCAGAUCGAGAGAGAGAUCGUUGUCUCAGAUUACGGAGAACAUUGGAUAUAAUAGAACGGAAGAUACACACGCAUGCUCGUGUAUAAACGCAGCCGCCCGAUAACAUAAAACUCCGUCCCAAGUGCCGCGAAGAGAGUUGCCGAAAAUUUUCGUUCUCGCUCGCAAACGUGCGCGACGAUGUGUCGUAGUUGUUAUCCAUCGAGAGCCGCUGCCGCCGUCGCCGCCGCCACGGGAGAAGAGGCAGUCCUUUGACUCGCGCUCGCUGCUGCUGCUGCAUCGUACUUCGUCAUUUUUUUUCACUUAAAUUUAAUAACAAUUUAAGCUCUGGUGUGAAAUCUCUUGUGCGUGUGGUGUCUGGUGUGUGUGUGUACGUGUUUACGUGUUUAUACUGUGUUCUCCAAAUGUCGUAUCGUUAAAAGCCCCGCCGAGAGAUUCCACGCUUCCAAGAAGACGAUUUAUAAUAGAAAUAAUAAAAUAAAAUACAUAAUCGAGAAAAUAUCUCUCGAUUGAUAGAGUAAGCGCAAGAACUUAUUUUGAGGAUUAAGGGAUUUCCGUCUUCACAAUGGCACCCUCCAAGGUUCUGACCGGACAACCAAAGCCGACAGCAAUAUCUGGUGUUGUCACACGACGAGGACUGGCCACCAGACAAAAUAAAGAAUUCAUUCCCGAUCCAUCCCAGAAACAAAACCUAUUCAAAGAUACUAGAAUAAAGAGGAAAGCUGAUGCCUCCCCCACUAAGGAUAAAGUGACUAAACGGUCUGCUCUUGGUAACAUUACAAAUGCUAUUGGAAAAACUAUAACGCAAAUUCAAGAUGCCAAAAAAGUAGCAAAAAAAGUUACCAGCCAACCUGUUAAACCUCUCACUCAAACAACUGCUAACACCCGGACUUUAGAUAAAAUUGUAACUAGUAAACAGGAAAAUAUUCCUCAAUCUAAGCCGAAACAAAGUGUAACUCGAGCUAAGCCUCAGUUAAAAAAAGAGGAAGAAAAGACGGAAAUCCCAGCGCCAGUCAUUAAAGCACUCAAUGCAGUUAGACGAAGCAUAGAAGUUGAAAAGUCUGAUGAAAGUUCGUUGUACGUCAGUGCCUUGGAGUCGCUUCCUGAAGAAUCAAAACGAUUAUCACGGACAAGUAAAGAUUCAGCAAAACUCGAAGCAGUAGUAAAACCAAACAAUGCCUUGAAUCAAGAACCAGAAGGAGAAAAAUCCGGACCAAGCGAUCGCAUCAAUCGUAAUCCAUGUCCCGUAAGAAAAUUACCCCCCGGUGUGUCGUGGGACCUAGACGCAGAAAAUUGGGCGGACCAUUUUCAAGUACCACAAUACGCCAUGGAUAUAUUCGAAUAUCUCAAGAAUCGCGAAAAACUAUUCGUCAUAACUGACUACAUGGAACGUCAGGUCUGUCUGUCCAAAUGGAUGCGCUCUUUGCUCGUUGACUGGAUGGUUGCAGUACAAGAAUCGUUUGAACUUAAUCACGAAACCCUAUAUUUGGCCGUGAAGCUCGUCGAUCUUUACCUAACUAAAGUGACCGUUGGAAAGGAGACGCUUCAACUUCUGGGAGCCGCCAGUUUAUUUAUCGCUAGCAAAUUCGACGAAAGAAUCCCGCCGAUGAUCGAAGAUUUCUUGUACAUUUGCGAUGGUGCGUACACACAUCGAGAACUCACCAGAAUGGAAAUCAACGUUCUCAAAGUCAUGGACUUCGAUCUCGGUAUUCCUUUGUCAUACAGAUUUCUGAGACGCUACGCUAGAUGUGCAAAAGUUUCGAUGCCAACCCUCACCUUAGCCCGUUACAUUCUCGAAUACUCUCUAAUGGACUAUGCCACGAUAUCGUUCAGCGACAGUAAAAUGGCAGCUGCAGCUCUCUUCCUGGCACUGCAAAUGAAGGAUCUCGGCACCUGGACGACUACGUUAGAGUAUUAUACUGGCUAUAAACUCAAAGAUUUUGCGGAUAUUGUUAACGUGCUAAACGAAGGUCUGCACAGGAAACAAAAAGAAGCGUUAUCGACCGUUCGAAAUAAAUAUAGUCAUAAAAUAUUCUUCGAAGUAGCGAAAGUGGCAUUAAAAGACAAAUUGGAAAUGUAACAUAAGUGUAUUUUACGUGAGUAACUGAGUUUGAACUAUUGGUAGAAGAACAGAAACAAAUAUGCGUAGUGUGCAUCGAUUACGAGGCUCUUGUCAGGGCCAAAUCUUUGACUGCUUAUGACAGCUUUAGAUAAAAUAAGCGAGAUAAAAAAGGCAAGCGAGGCACUCCUAAGGACGUCAAGUGCGCGCACUACUGCGAUGUUCCAGCGUGUGAGAGAAUUGUUGUGUGAUACAUGUGGUUGACAUUCAGCUGAGGACUCAAUUAGUAUGAUUAUUAUAAAUUAAGAAAUAAUUAUAAAUACAGCUGUACUGAAAUGGCACUAGAUGGAUGAAGGAGUUUGUACAAGUCUUUUUUUAUUUUUAGAUGUAUACAUGAAUUGACCGGCAUCCACUGUCGCUCAGUAUUCUUAAAGCUAUAUCGAUUUUAUACUUGUUGAAAAUCUACUGAUAGCGUCAUACUUUUCUAGACUUCUAUUACAUUUUGACGGGCUUUUUAAAAAAAACAAACGCAUUUUUAGCCUUUUUCUUUUUAUGUUUUUGAUUGUUUUUAUAUAAAAAAGUUUAAGUAGUAAUACUAUCGUCUUAAUUCCUCUGUCCAUUAUUGAUUUCGUGUUUGUAGCGUAAUUUAAGAAUGUAUAAACAACGAGUUUUGUAUAAUACAUAGUGAUUUUACGAGAAAAGAAUGAAACUUAACUAUGAAAACAAAAAACACUCUAAGAUUUAUGUUCUUUCAAGCUUGAUUCUCUAUAUUUGAGACUAAAAAGUGUGGCGCAUUGUUAUGCACUACAGGUGCACUCUAUAUACUUCGGACUAAAAAGUCUUAAUUAUACAUAUUUUUCAUUUUUAUAAUAAAAUUGCGCAAACUUGGUGCGAGUAAUUCCGAAGGUGAGUUGCACUUUUUCAUGACGAGUGUAUAAACCAGCAUAUAAUUAUACAAAAAGUAGUUUCCUAUUGACUGUCGUAAAACCGAUUAAAAAAUUCUCUGACUAGAAUUAUAUUUAGUUUCAUUUUUCGUUGUUUUUUUUAGUUAAUUUGCAUCGGAGGCUGUUUGAAAAUGAAUGAUAAUAUUUAUUUCGCGGAGCAAACAGCUUAAUGUGAUAAAAACAAAUUGUGAAGUCUAUGAUUUUUUCGUAAAUUAACAAAAAAGCUUUGCUCCUAUUUAACCGCGUAAAGAAAUUAAACAUUAAAAGUAAAUAUUCAAAUUCUAAACUUAUUUAGAAUAAAAUCGUACAAUUUUAAAGGCCUAAUGAACUUCGAAAUUAAUUUUUUAAUGUUUCGAUGGGUAAAACAAUAAAACUAAUCCCUAAUAUUGUCAUUGUUUUAAAGUAAACAAAUACACGUGUAAAUAAAAAAAAUGAUCACUUUUUUAUAUCAGAUGAACGUCUCACAAUGUACAUAUAUUAUGUUAUAUUUUUUUAUCAUCAGCAAGAUGUACUGCUAUUAAAUAUUAUAGGACAAGUGUGUAUAUGGACAUUUAUUUAACAUGACUUAAUUUAAAUAAUAAAUUUGUCAUUCAUACACACAUUGUUUAAGAUCUUCGAAUUUUUUGAUCCUUUGAUAAAAAGUCCUACAUAAUUGUCACUUGAAAAACGUAAUUACUUUUAGCUUAUAAUAAUGUUGUAUAUAACACUGACCAGGUUCUAUUGAAAGGAAUAAUGCGAAUCAAAAUGAUUGAAAAUAAUUGAAACUGCAAUUUAUUUUAUAACAAGUGAAUAGAACUUCUAUAUAACUAAUUAUAAUUUUGUCAAUGAACCUAUAAUAAAUGAUUUUAUAAACA